AGUCACGGGCACUAACGCGCGAGACACCAGUGAGGCAACACCGUGUGUGUAAGGCUCCGAGAAAACAUGCUGAGGGUGCUUCUCAGGCGGAAAUAGUUAUCAGAUGCACUUACCCACGAAAGCUAACGAUCCAACCUCCACUACCUCGAGAAAUGGAACGCCACAGACAGCUUUGACUCUAAGGUGUGUGAGCAGGUGAUGUGUUAGACUGCCGUGUCUCUGCCAUGGGGGCUGUCGUGCCAGCACCAUGCUGUGGAGGCGCGCCAAGGACGCCGUCAGUGAGGAGGACUGUGUGGGUGGUGGUGGUAGUUGUGGCAGGGCUGGUGGUGGCGGCAGGACAAGAAAUCGUUCACGAUUACGAAUAUUCUCCGCACCUUGACGAUCAACACAGAUACACAACGAAUGCGUCCGAUGGAUUAUCCUCCCCAAGACAAAGCUUUACGGGCGAAUACUUCAAAUGUCGGUGUGAAGGAAACCAGGUGUGGGACGGUUAUCAGUGCAGUGACACACAGACGAACGUGUUGGUGAUGAUUCCUGCCACUCAGAGUGUCGUGGCGGCCUUGACCGAUGACUUUGCGGGAGUAACGGUGAGAGAAGUGCAGUGCCCCCCAGACUAUGCGCAAGUUCAGCUGGAGCCUUCCGGUAGCCCUUCACACCAGCAGUUCUUUCUUCUUUCAAACGGCUCUCUGUGGUGGCAGCAGCGUCAAUAUGAAAACUACUGCCUGGAACACACGCUCGACGAUCAGAGCAAGCAAACAUGGAAGGCGCGUGUGUGCCUUCCACCGCCACCUGUCCCUCGCUGCUGCCCCGAAAGCACCAGCCCCGCCGCAGACGGUGUCUCUUGUUCGAAUAAUCUCGCACUCCCAUUUUCGCCACCCAUUUUGACGGGCGACGAGUUUAUCAAAUGGCCCAGAUUAGUGGACAAGACUAAAAGAAAUUGCAAUGAAUUCGAGAAAACCUUGAAGCUCUCACUAAACUCUGGCGAGUCCAAUCUUUCGUAUGAAUCUGGCGAAGUGUCUAUAGCUUGGAAAUCAUCAAAUCACGUAAAGAAAAAACAGAAAGACGGCUUCUGCGUGAUACCUCAGGAAGGGGGAGUCUACGCAGCCACAAUCUGCUACGAGGACCAUGAGGCUAUCCAUCGCAGCUACUGUGAAAAUGCUACGUGUAUACGAAAGUGUUGCCCCGAGGGAGAAAUAAAUGUGAUGCCACACUGUGGUCGUGCUGAAAAUGCUCAGCUUUGGAAGCCCGAAUUUGUUGACUCUAACAAUAUGACGCGUAUAGUACCGACUCCUAAGGACUUGAAAAUCUUGUACGGGCUUCCCCAGUGUGCAAUGUAUCUAGCUGAUCCUGACACCGCGAAGAAAGACAAAUUUUACUUGCUAGAAAACGGUCUUCUCUUCACCCCCGCCCACGCCGAGAAAGAGUCGCCCACUCAAUACUGCAUCGACAACUUCUUGAACUUCGACAAUACGGUCUCCACCAGGGCUCUGAUAUGCUUUAGUGAGGAGCAGGUGGAGCCCGUGUGUGCCAUGGCCAAGAAAUCAUUGUAUCCCGCCCUGCUGAUAGUGUCCAGCGGGUUUCUGGGACUCACUCUGGUCAUCUACCUAAGCAUGCCGGACCUGCGGAAGAAACUGCACGGCCGCUGCCUCAUCUCCCUUGCCUUCGCCUUCUUCGUGGCCUACAUCCUAAUGGCCGUCUCCUACCUCUCAGUCAACCUGGUGGACACUUCUACUUGCAUUGCCCUGGCCUUCUUCAAACACUUCAGUCUGCUCGCUGCCUUCUUCUGGCUCAACGUCAUGUGCUUCGACAUCUGGAGGACUCUCAGAAAAACGCGGGUGAUUGACGGCGGAGUAUGGGCUCUACGCCGCUUCCUGUGGUACUGCCUGUACUCGUGGGGCUGCCCGCUGGUCAUCGCUCUUGCCACCGUGGUGAUUGAGAAGUUGCCGGACUCCUACGACGUCAUCAGACCCAACUUUAGCAACCAUGCUUGCUGGUUCCAUGAUUACAACGCAAUGUGGCUCUACUUCUACAUGUGGGUGUCGGUGCUGGUGGUGGCCAACGUCGUCUUCUUCGGGCUGGUGAUAACGAUCCUGGUGAAGGGGCAGAACAACUCGAUGCUCAGGCGGAGUCGAAAUAUGAAUCGAGAAAGGAUGUGGCUGUACGGGAAGCUGUUCCUAGUGAUGGGCCUGACUUGGGUGGCGGAGGUUAUCUCGUAUCAGAACGGCCAGUGCGUCGGCUGGAUAUUCACGGACGUCAUCAACGCCCUCCAAGGCCUGACACUGUUCCUGGUCUUCAUUCUCAGCCCGUCUACGAUCAGAAAGGUGAAGGAUAAGUGCUGCGGUAAACCUGCCCGCUCUGCCCUCUCUCCCUCCAGCACUCAAACUUCCACCUUCUCUUCGUCCUCCAUUCAAGCCAAAAGACUAGAUUCCAGUUUCAAAAGCUCCUUCUCAUCUCGGAUGUCCACCACGUCUGCAACUAUCAAAGACUUAAAUACAGAAUCCGCCAUCCCCUUGAACACUCUUUCGGAAGCGCCUGAUGAAUCUUGUGAUCUUGAACCUCAGAAUGGCAACCCACAGUCCAUCGAGAGAGAGAAGGAAGCUGUGAGCCUCAAGAACGGUGACGCAGAAAGAGGAGCCACGAUAUUGAAAGGUGACGGCGCCCCAGAGGAAAUCUAACUUCUAUAUCGACACUUAAACCAAAGUUGCUAAUGCUUACUUGCUUAUAUAAUUAUUCUCCUCCAUCACCUCCGCCCACAUCACUAACACCCCCGCCUACACCUCUUCCCCACACCUCCUCUUCCUCAUUUAAUCGUGCUCCCUCUGCCUCCAUAUCCCCCCUCCACCUCUUCCUAAUCUUUCUCAUUUAAUCGUGCUCCCUCUGCCUCCACAUCCCCCCUCCACCUCUUCCCCACACCUCCUUUUACCCCUCCUUGUUUUCAUUUCAUCGUCCUCCCCUGCCUCCACAUCCCAUCUACACCUCUUCCCCACACCUCUUCCUCCACUUGGCCUCAUUUCAUCGUCCUCCCCUGCCUCCACAUCCCAUCUACAUCUCUUCCCCACACCUUUUCCUCCACUUGGCCUCAUUUCAUCGUCCUCCCCUGCCUCCACAUCCCAUCUACAUCUCUUCCCCACACCUCUUCCUCCUCCUUGUCCUCAUUUCAUCGUCCUCCCCUGCCUCCACAUCCCAUCUACAUCUCUUCCCCACACCUCUUCCUCCUCCUUGUCCUCAUUUCAUCGUCCUCCCCUGCCUCCACAUCCCAUCUACACCUCUUCCCCACACCUCCUCUUCCUCCUCCUUGUUCUCAUUUCAUCGUCCUCCCCUGCCUCCACAUCCCAUCUACAUCUCUUCCCCACACCUCCUCUUCCUCCUCCUUGUCCUCAUUUCAUCGUCCUCCCCUGCCUCCACAUCCCAUCUACAUCUCUUCCCCACAACUCUUCCUCCUCCUUGUCCUCAUUUCAUCGUCCUCCCCUGCCUCCGCCUCCGCCCCGUUAUGAUCAUCACCACCUCUCAGGUCUCCACGACAGCACAGAUGCGGCACAAACAAGCCCAUCAAGUGAAACUGAGGAGCAUUUGACAGUGUGUGUGUUGCUUCUGUAAAUCCGCAUAACAUGACUAGAAACUGACACUUGUAAAAAUAACAUGAACAAUGCUUAAUAAAUGUAAAUAGAAAA